AUGAAGCCCCCCAUCGCCUCUCAACUUGUUACUCUUGCAGCAGCAUGUGCUUCGGGCUCAUCUCCAGCUCCUCCUUCGGCUACAACAGCUUCUACCGGUCCUUUCUCGUCGCUACCCAUUUCUUCAUCAUUUCAAGUGCCAUGUGGCGUACCUUUCUCUUCCACCACAACAGAAGCCAGAGCAGGGCAUGGGGAGGGUGUUGAUAAAUCGAGGUCUCCAAACGACUGGUCAAAAGCACUUUCGUAUUCACCUGUGUUACCCCUACGAGGAGGAGCUUCAAGUGAUGAUAAAAGGAACCGAAAUGCUCACGAGAAUGCUCAGGCUGCUUCGGACUCGAAUCGUUCAUCACCAGAAAAGCAGGCAAAGAAUGCUUCCAGCAAUCAGUCAAAAAAUAGCAAAAAGAACAGGUCGACACAGAGUCGUAAGCGGGAAAAGGCAGCCUCCCAAUCGAAACAACAAGGUGGUGAAAAGAAAGACGAAGGCAAAACCACUAGCAACAAUGAUGCAUCCACCUCGAAUAAUGAAAACAGUCAAUCAUACCCGAACCAAAGAAUUGUUGAAGAAAUAGUGAAGCAAACAGACUACUACCAGAUUUUGGGCAUUCCCAAUCACAAGAAAGGAAGUCUUACAAAGGUGGAAAUCCAAAAGGCGUAUCGAAAACGGGCUGUACAAGUCCAUCCUGACAAGACAGGGGGAGACCGUAGAGCUUUUGAUAAGGUGGCUGAGAGUUUUGAUGUACUAAGCGAUGAUAGCAAACGAGAACUUUACGAUCGUUUUGGAAAACAGGGACUUGGAAAUGGCGGAGCUAGUGCAAGUGGGAUGCCAGGACAAUUUCAAGACAUCUUUCAGUCAAUGUUUCAACAAGGUGGACAACGGCAGUCGUAUGGUCGUACGAGACAAAACUACACCAUGCGGUAUCAAAUAGAAGUCACGUUGGAAGAGCUGUACAAUGGAACGACUCAAGAUGUGUUGGUCACAGCACCCACAACCGAACGACGAAGGCAAAAGAGUGUGCAAGUUAAUAUUCCCAAGGGGUCCAUACCAGGGCAGUCGAUAGUGUUGAGCGGAGAAAUGGACUUCGCCAACGACAUUCCUGGUGAUCUUAUCUUUGUCGUAUCGCAACGGCCACACCCAGUAUUUACACGCAAAGGACAUGAUUUGGCAAUGGAGCUAGAGAUAUCGUUGGAAGAAGCCAUUUGCGGGCUCCAACGAGAAAUUCGACAUCUAGAUGGAUCCAAUUUAUGGAUUGCAUCUGCAUCACGGGAAGGAAACGACGCGCCUCACAUUAUUCAGACAGGAGAGGUCCAAGUUCUGAAAGGUCGAGGAAUGCCAAAAAAGAGCAAAGUGGAGGAUGAAUAUGGGGACUUGUACAUUCAAUUUCGGGUAGAAAUGCCAAAUCCCCAACGACGCGGUGGUGCGGAAGCCCUGUCGAACGAAGAAAUCAUCGAGUUGGGUCGGUUGCUCUCCAAACUACAAGAUGGUGGAUCUAACAAGAAAAAACUACCAAAAACGGACGAUAAAAUACAUUCCCUAUGCACCGCGUCCUCGCGAGACUUUGGAAGUGCGAGCGGCCCAGUGCACCUCGAAGAAGACGAACACGGACAUCAUCACGAGGAUGCAAGUCCUUUUUCAUCUCAAUUCUUUCAAGGUGCGAGUGGAGGAAGUUCCUUUUAUUUUGGAAGCAGCUUCGGUGGAAGGUCCAACGAUGAUGACGGUAAUGUCCAGUGCCAACAAAUGUAA